GACCGACCAGUCUACAUGGUUGCUUGAAAAACGGAUCACGGUAACAACGUUGGGUAUGUAAAUUCUGCAGCUCUACACAAUCUUCAGCGCUUCAGCGUUGUAAGAUCACUGUUGUUAUGCCACCGUUGUCAAAGGCUUUAGUAUUCGACAAGCGUCCGUUUCAAGUCCCUGGACCCUAACUAUGGUGACCACUGACCCUCGUGCAAAUAUGAUGGCAGAAAUCGUUCUAGUCGUGCACCUUAUACUUUGUAUUGUUUGCAACGACAAGCUCUUCGCCCACAUUGCCGUUAGCCAACUCGCGCGAGUGCGACGCUCCGCUCUAUCGAUCUUGACGUGAGAGCAAAAUAAGUUCGGUUGCAUCAAGUUAUAAAGCUUGCAAUGAAGCCAUCACUGAUCCUACAUCGUCCAGUUACUCUUUUGAUUCGUUCCAAUUCCACCAUGUUACCCAAGAUCGUCGAAACCGUUCUUCAUUCUUUCCCUGCUGCGCCUGACCUUCGUCAGGAUCACCGCGACCACAUCAUCACAUGCAAACGUCGAUGGAUGUCUGUUUCAUGGGAGCGGUCGAGGAUCCAACAAGAAGAAAACACACUGGAGGGUCACCACCACCUCGCCCGGUUCUCUAGGUGCCCUCGAUCUUCUGGAGCGCCGUAUUUGAACCAGCACAUGUCAGAAGCUUCUUUUUAUAUUCCGAUGUUCACGCAACCUAGUCCACCAUCGCCCGGAAGAAAGCGGGCAUUAUUGAUUGGAAUUAAUUACAAAGGUCAACGCUGUGAACUAAGAGGGUGCAACAACGACAUCCAUAAUAUCUUACCAUGCCUUAUUAAUCAAUGGGAAUACGAUCCCACAGAUAUUGUACAAUUAAUUGAUGAUGGUUAUCGCCCCCCACCAACUAGGCAGAAUAUCUUACUUGAAAUGCACCGCCUGGCAUCUUAUUCAAGGGCCGGUGAUUCCAUGUUCUUUUAUUUUUCGGGCCAUGGGGGCCAAGUCCGUGACCUAGAUGGCGACGAAGUUGAUGGUUAUGAUGAAUUCAUAUGUCCAGUCGACUAUCAACAGUCGGGUGUGAUCAGCGACGAUGAAAUACACGAAAUCAUGGUGAAGCCACUGGCAGCUGGCUCACGGUUGACGGCGCUUUUCGACUCGUGCCAUUCCGGCACGGUGCUUGAUUUGCCUUAUCUUUAUGACUCUAGACAGCGCACGUUCGUCGAUGGCGUUACGCCAGGCGCUCGCAUCAGGAAGCACUCCCAGGCACAAGUUGUUUGUUUCUCGGGUUGUGAGGAUUGCGAAGAGAGUGAAAGCAUCACAAUGCCUGGUCGACCUAUUGGCGGACUCAUGACCUUUGCUUUCAUACACGUUUUCUCUUGCACGCAGGCUCUCACUUUCCAAAACAGAUUCGAACAAAUACGCGCGUUCAUCCGUGAAAUCUUACCGGACGCCAGACAACACCCUCAGUUUUCUUGCUCAAACCCUCUCGAUAUAACGUUGCCUUUCUAUAUCUGAACGCUUGGAGAUUGGAUUGGGUUGUAAUCGCUCCUUAUAUGUUAACAUGAUCGUGCGUAUUUGAUCUUUUUGACACCGUUCCGUCACGAGCCGCUCGUAAGUACGAAAUGAUUGGGUCCAAUUGCUGAGGACAGUGCUCAUCGAUCAACAAAGAACCCGGGGUUGGUCUCCCCGAAGCCUGGAUGCGGUUCACAUGUCCUUCAUCUAACAUUUACACAGCGAUGAUUGGUCAGAUUGGCACAAGUCACGCUCCUUCUGUAUCUUAUCGCGCCUCUUCGGUCGCGAGAGUGAUUAUUUCAUCGCAAGCCCCAUAUAAUCUCCGUAACGUUUUGCAAAGUCAGCGCUUCGCCUUCCUCCUAUCCGUCUUUUUUGCGAUGCACCUGUCAAACGAAGCUUGCCGAGACUGGUAUAUAUCACCUAGUGAUAGUGUGUUGUAGUCAAUUUGACAGAAUCAUCUAGCGCUAUGAGGGCGGGAGCUUGAUAAUCUUGAC